AUGGUCGGCGUUCCGCGAAGCAAGGGGUGUCGAAUAUGUGUUCAGCGUCGGGUGAGGUGUGACUUGACGCGCCCGACCUGCAACAAUUGCAAGAAGGGCAAUCGUCCCUGUCCAGGAUACGACUCCGAUCUCAGAAUCCACGACGAAGGCUCGAGGCUCAGGAAGCGCUUCGCUCAGAAGGAUGCGACCGAAGCUCAACUCAGCGUUGAUAGCGAGUCGCCCGCGACAUCGACGAGUCACCACAGUCAGUCCUCGGAAUCCUCUCCAGAAGAAGUGCUAGGGGUAGUCGCCCGCAUCAACACUCCCGACCUAGACGAGCAACUUCAUCAGCACGGCCAAUGGACCCAGGCUGGCACAGACCUUGCCGGCCCCCUGAACGGCGGGUCCAUCAAUCUUGACAUGACCUUCCUUAUGGCGCUCAAUGGCAGUGUCUACUCUCCGUAUCUGGCGCAAGAACAGCUUCUCAGCACCUUCUCGUCCUCCUUGAGCGGUCAUGGGCCACUUCUCCUUCCUCCUCAGAUGCGGAGCCACCAGAACUGGCUCUCCCAACUACCACGCAUGUUCGGUUCGAGACUCCUCGACAGCACCGUUCGAGCUGUUUCGCUGGUCCACCUAGGUCGAGUCCAGCAGUCAGAACUCUUCGUGCAAGAAUCGAGGCGGUUCUACGGCAACGCUCUCCGUCUGCUCAACAAAUCCCUGACCAACGACACAGACGGCAUGUCGACCGAGACGCUGUCUGCAACCAUCCUGCUCUCAUUCUACGAGAUGUUUGCUUCUGACUCGAAUGAUUCAUGGGUACGUCACUCCGGGGGCGCCGGAUUGCUGAUGCGGCUCCGGGGGCCGAAUCGACAUCUAAGCGGCUUGGACCGGGACGUCUAUCUUGCGUAUCGACAUACCAUCAUCAUCGAUGCAUUUAUGCGAGAUGAAGCGUGCUUUUUGGCCGAGCCACAGUGGCUUGAGAUGGCUGAGAAGAUCCACAACGAUCUGCGAGCCUCGGGCAUCACUGACGAGCGGCUCGAAAUCUUUGAACUAGCCGAAGAAUUCUACCUGGAACAUGUGCAAAUCCCCACGACGCUCAGGGAUGCCAGGCAUUUGGACGAGUCCAAGCGAAAGAUGACACCUGAGCAGUUUGCAGCCCACACGGAACUGGUGCUGGCGCGAGCACGACUGCACAGGGCAAAUCUGAAAUCUAUCAAUCUGAGGUUCCGAGCGGCUCUCACGAGAAACGGACUCGAGACGGUAUCAAUGGACACCAUGGAUCCAGUCUUUCCUAAACAAUAUGUUUUCGCCAACGUAUUCAUCGCAUCGCAAUACACAGGCCACUGGACAAUCAUGCUGAUCCUCAAUCUCAUCUUGAAGGAAAAUGAAAAGGAAAUUGCGCCCGAGAAGAACUCGCUAUAUCUGAUGGAAAACCGAGAGAUGUGCCGGGAAAUCUGUCGGACCACGCCUUUCAUGUUGACCUCGUCCUUCCUCGGGCCUUUCUUUGUCAUUUUCGCCUUGAGACUGUGCUUGAUGGUGUUUGAGCCAGGGCAAGAGAGAGCUUGGGUGGUCCGCAAACUGACCCAGAUUGGUGACACACAUAUGAAGAUGGCUGCGGACAUACCGACCUUCGAACCUGAAGACAGCUUGCAGGAGCCAGAUACUCGAUAUGCAGACGCAGCAAUACUGCCGGAACCUGCUUGA